CGAUAAUCGUGUAAGAUGGGAAAGGGCAAAGGCAAAGGCAAGGGGGGCAAGGGCAAGGGCAAGAAGAAGAAGCCAACCAUUGUCGCAAUACCACAGGCGGUUGUCCCAGAGUGCCCCGUGUGCCCCGAGCAACCGAAGCUGAUACAGCCAUUGGAUCCAUGCCCCGACUCCACCGGGCCACAUGAUGUGCUCCGCGCACAGCCCAAUCAUUACCCGGCUCUGCUGCGUAUACCGGAAACGAUGGCCGUUGUUGGCUCCGAGAAUGGAUGCUACGAUAGCAUCUGUAAGCUACUGCGCGCCGGAUUUCGCUGUGCGGAACGCGUCUUUGUCAUGGCGCCCUGGGGCAAUUAUGUGGUGUUCCGGUUCCACAACAACAGCGACUUCAUCUAUUUCCUCUACGAUGGCUGCACAUGCGACGUGAAUCGAUUCCGCUAUCUGGACCUUAGCUGCGGCACCGCCGGCUUCCUCUUCUUCACCAACAUGCACGACGUCAUCAGCUACAUCAUCCAAUCGCGCAAGACUCGCCUCUACCUGGAGAACCUCAACAAGAUCGCAAUCGACCAAAUUGUCGAGGAAUAUGGCGCCGUCACGUACACCCAGAAGGCCAAGUGCAUGCGCUUCUCCUAGAAUCGUAGAGCCGUAGAGACCAUGACGUCCAUGCUGAUGCUGUUG